AUUGUUACUUUAAAAAUCCCAUCUCAUUUUUAUUUGGCAAAAAUGAUAAAAAUAUGAUUGGCCAUUGGGAGAGAUCAUGCACUCAUUGCUUCACCAAAACCCUAAACCCAACGUUGAUCUUAUUUGCAUCAUCUUUUUCCGCUUGUUUCUACACAACACAAGCAUGAAUCUGUCUCCCUAUCUCCCCCUUCAAUACUCGUCUCGGAAAUCGUUCACGAAAACCAAAAUUUUUGAAAAACUUGAUUGAUCAGUGACAGAUGCGACUUUGUGCUCGAUUUUGAAGUGUAUGAAGUUGUGGUGUAGCUCGUUGGCGCUCGUAGACCUAGAUUUUACAUUCCUAACUCCUGCCUUCUUCUAAUCUCCAGUCUCUUUGCAUUCAGGGGAAAAAUGGCUCCGAGGAGGCGACGCUCGAAGGUAGGUUUGGGGAGAAUGGACGCUGCGCUAGACGCCAUGCGCCCCAUGGGUUUCCCCGCCGACGCUGUGCGCAAAUCCGUGAAGAAACUUCUUAAGGUUUAUGGUGAUGGUGGGUGGCCAUUCAUAGAGGAGGCUGCAUAUAAGUUGCUCAUUGACACAAUUCUUGAGGAGCCGGAGGGGGAUCAGCUAGGGCAUGAGACGGGACUUUCGCCACCGGAAAGUUGUUCAAAAGGGAGUCUCGAGCAACCUGCAUCCGGCAACGAACUUUCUGAUAAAGCGGCUACUUAUGAUGAGCAUGAAGAGCCACUUCCACCAGUACAAAGUUGUUCAAAAGGGAGUCUCAAGCAACCUGCAUCUGGCAAAGAACUUUGUGAUGAAGUGGCUACCUAUGAUGAGCUUGUGGAGCUACCUAUAUACUGCCAAGAGGUUAAACUUGAAGGAGAGAAUAUUGAGGGACGAGAUUCGGGCUUUGAGGAUGUCGAAGAGCACGAAGAGAUGGGGGUAGGAGUUGAUCUUGGUCCAGCCUAUGUUCCCCAACCGGUGAGCAGAGUUCCAACAGGUGGCCAGCGCAGACCGUGCUAUGGAUGGAUCAGCGACGAGGACGAGGACGAUGAGAUGGUUGAAUUGGCCCCAAGUACUAGUAGCCUGCAGAUGCUCUUGCAUGAAGAAAAGUUAAGUAGGUAGUAUUUGCAGAAGUAAUAGCUAGUAAUGUAUAUAAUCAUUGAGACGAUCUAGUGUUCUUUUCUAAUAUCUACUUGAUUAUUACUUGGAGUGUUUUUGGCCAAACUUAUAAGUUCCUAUUACUCUUUACCAAUCAUCUAAAAAAGAAGCACUUUAUUUACUCCCACAGAAA